AUGACCGUUUCAUGCUCUGGAUCGUCGCCGGAGAUAGGACCAAACAAGGUCUGCAAAUCAGACACGGAGGAUGAGCAAUUAUACAACUGUAAGCACGAGGUUGGCGAUGAUGACGGUGAUACGGCGCCAAAGGAAAGCACCGAACCUCCAACAAAUGCCCCUCGUAGCAAGAACAGCGGCAAAUUGAAACGCAGACCGGCGGGCCAACGGACAGGCAGUGGCCAUCGCAUCGCAUUGUCGUCUAGAAAGAAACCACGCCGGGUAUCUAAAGUUAGUGCUGCCGUUUCCUCACGGCACUGCACUUUCAGCAUCGGGGAACGGGUGUUUGCCCGUUGGAGUGAUUCGCGUAAGUUUAAGGCCACCAUCAAGAGCGUGCUCGAGAACGACAUGUACGGGGUUAUGUUCGAGGAUGGGUUCUCGAAGAUUUGCAAAUCUCAACACAUUACCCGCAUCAAGCGUCCGCUAGAUACGAGCGUUCGGCAGGAACCGGAAGCGACCGACAAAUCUUUUCCAGCACUGAUGGUGACGGUGAAAGUAGAACCGAGCGAAACCGAGGAACCGCCUCAGCUUACGUCACUGGCUCAGUUCCAAAUUCCGCAGGUGGUGACUCUGAGCGAACUUCCCGAGGUACCGCAGCAAGGCGAGUGGUGUUGCCACUGGUACAACGAUUACCCGGUCGGGGAGUCGACCGAGUUGGAUUUGGUCCGGGAGAAGACAUGGUCGGUAGUUGUGCCCGACUGGCGUCUUCCGGAAGGUUGGACAAAGCACAUCCAUCAGCGUCUGACAUCCGUCGGACGCAUGGAGGUGGUACUGUUGACUCCGAACGGGAAACCGUUACGAUCCCGGCAGGAGGUGAAACAGUAUCUUGCCGCAACCGGUGGCACGUACGACACUGCGACGUACGAUUUCGGACUGCACAAGAAACGAGCCAAGGCCCUCGGGUUUUAUCAGUAUACACAGGAAUACAAGGACGCGUUCCUUUCGAAACCGGCGGCCGUGCCGGAGCUGACCAACACUGAAAUUAACAUCGGAUCGGUGCGCGUCAAGGUUAUCGACAACCUGCUGCAGUGUCCCGAACCGGACUGCCUAAAAACGUUCCGAAAAGAGAACCAUCUGCAGAUUCACAUUAAACAUUAUCAUAAGGAGCUGGCGAAGGACGUUGGAGAGAUACCGAAUGCGCAGGAUCUGGCCACACUACGAACACCGGUCGAAAGUCUCGAUACCCCCAUCAAGAUUGCCCGCAGAUCCGUGGCUGGUGGACUAAAGAUGCCUUCAGCAGUGAUAAAGGAAGACCGCAAGAAUGAAGCACUACAGAUAAAGAGUGAACCGGGAUCGGAGGUUAACAAAUCAAGGUCGCAGAGCAAGCUGGCGAAGAUUAAGCUGUUUCCGGUGAAAAAGGAGCGACGCUCAAGCAGCAACAAGGAUUGGAAUCGUACGACCGGACGGCAAAUUUGAUGGAGUCUCCAACGGCCAGAAACUACCCAAACUAUUCACAGCAAAGCAUUGCUGUGCU